AUGUGGUUUGCGUUGUAUUUGGUCCUGGCGCUUCCGCUCCUUUGGCUGGCCUAUUUGGAGCUAAAGUCACUUCGGAGACGAAGAGUACUGAACAAGUUCAAGGGGCCGAAGGUCUUGCCUGUCGUUGGCAAUGCCCAUCAGCUGGGUAGGACUCCUCCAGAGAUUCUUGGCCAAAUGUUUGAAUGGUGGUAUCAGCAUGACAAGGAUAACUUUCGCUACUGGAUCGGCUACUACCCGAAUUUAAUGGUCACCAGAACCAAGUACUUCGAGUUCAUACUAAGCAGUCAGACACUAAUAUCGAAAGCUGAAGUCUAUAGCCUCAUGCAGCCCUGGCUGGGCUUGGGCCUCCUCACCAGCACCGGCAGCAAAUGGCACAAGCAUCGAAAGAUGAUUACGCCCUCCUUCCACUUCAAUGUCCUGCAGGACUUUCACGAAGUGAUGAAUGAGAAAUCGACAAAGUUCAUCAAGCACCUGAAAAACGUGUCGGGUGGGGGCAGCAUUUUUGACUUUCAGGAGCAGGCCCAUUUCUUGACUCUGGAUAUAAUUUGCGAGACAGCCAUGGGAGUAUCCAUAAAUGCAAUGGAAAACCAAGACUCGGAAUUAGUACAAGCUUUCAAAGACAUGUGUUACAACAUAAAAGUAAGAACAUUUAGUUCUUGGAAGCGAAAUCCAACGCUAUAUCAAUUUGCUUCCGACUACCCCGCCUAUUGUAAGACGUUGAAGACCCUGCAGGACUUUACCCACGACGUCAUCGAGAAGCGCUUGAAUGCCCACAAAGAGGGUACCGUUUUAGCCAGCCACGGCGAUGAGUUUUCACGGAAAAAGAUGGUAUUCCUCGACACGUUACUCUCAGCAACAGUUGACGGUCGCCCUCUGACUUCCCAAGAGCUUUACGAGGAAGUCUCCACAUUUAUAUUUGCAGGCCACGAUACGACCACUUCGGCAAUUUCAUUUGCCUUAUAUUUGGUCUCCAGACACCAAGAUGAGCAGCGAAAAUUAUUCGAAGAGCAGCGCGAGGUGAUGGGUGAUUCCGGACUGGAUCGUGAAGCAACCUUCCAGGAAAUCUCUGAAAUGAAAUAUUUGGAUCUAUUUAUCAAGGAGGCCCAGCGCGUUUAUCCCAGUGUUCCAUUCGUCGGUCGUUAUACCGAGAAGGACUAUGUGAUUGACGGAGACCUCGUGCCUAAGGGUACCACACUCCAUAUGGGAAUAUUUAUGCUCGGCUACGAUGAUCGUGUUUUCAAGGAACCCCAUAAAUUCCGACCCCAACGAUUCGAGGAGGAGAAACCCGGUCCCUUCGAGUAUGUGCCCUUCAGUGCCGGUCCCCGCAACUGUAUUGGCCAGAAGUUCGCUCUGCUGGAGAUCAAGACGGUGGUAUCCAAAAUUAUUCGCCACUUUGAGGUGCUGCCUGCCCUGGAUGAGCUUGCCUCCAAGGAUGGUUACAUAAGAACAACGCUAGGCUUGCCGCCUACAGAGAAGAGGAAACGCGACUUGCAACAACACAAAUACGAUCCUAUUCUGUUAGUCGCGAUGAGCCUGAAGUCAGAGAAUGGAAUUUACCUUCGCCUCAAAGAAAGGUUUUAGGCAAUGAUAUUAAAGUAAACGGUAUUGGC